AAAUAAUUUGUGGAGGGAAAAUAACGCAUUUUGGAUGAAGAGUGCGCCUGAAUAAGUCGUACAGGCGGACACUUUUUACAGUGCACGACCUCCUGUCUGCCCCUCCUGCAUCAUCAGCCUCCUCGCGCUGCACCGCCGAUCUUCUCUCUUCUGACUCCCAUUCAGUUUUCCAGGAGGACCAGUCCCUGUCAGACUCCUUAUACACCCAAACACGGACAGCUGCAGUGCCGACCAACAACCAUGGCUGCACGGGACUCUGCCUCCCUGCUCGUCGGAUUUCUGCUCCUCUUUCACACCUGGGGAGCGUGGGCUGCUUUGGAGGUGAACAUGGAGGACAGAGUUGAGGUGAAGAGAGGAGAAACCGCUCAGAUCAACUGCAUGUUCACAUCGACUGACGGUGUUGGCGGCAUGGUCAUACAGUGGUUAUACGUGACACGGUCAGGUGAAAGGCAGAAAAUCUACUAUCAGGACACCACCAUGACGAUUAUAGACCGAGGCACACCGUUCACAGACAGGAUCAGUGUGAACGGCACAGGAGCCACUGGAGAGAUAGUGUUGACUAUCUACGAUGUGCAGCUGGAAGAUGAACUGGAAUUUAUCUGUCUCGUCAAAGGUUUAACAGAUGGGACUGGGGAAGGACGCACAAAGUUGAAGGUCUUCGAAACGCCACACCGUCCCACCAUUGAGAGUAUGCAAACAGGGAUCUCAGUCAAAGAAGAAAAUCCAUCCAAGAUUGCGACCUGCGAGGUCAAAAAUGGCUACCCAAAACCCAACAUCACUUGGUACAGAAACGACUUGCCGCUACACGGGGCUCAGGAUGUGGUGAAGGUGGUGCCCAGCAUCACUAUUGAAUCGAGCGGUCUGUACUCAGUUACGAGUGAGCUGAGCAUGAAGGUGACGAAGGAAGACAAAGAUGAUACGUUCUACUGUGAGAUCACCUACUUUGUUCCUGGAGGAGUGGGGAUGACUGAGACCGACCGUAUUAACAUCACUGUAUACUACCCCUCCACAGCUGUGAGUGUUUGGGUUGAGUCACCAAAAGGCAAAAUCAAGGAAGGGGACUCGAUCGAGCUUCACUGCCGUGGCAACGGGAAUAUGCCAUCUUCAUUCUUAACAAUCUCUCAUGACGAUGAAAACUGGGAAACCGAUAUGUUGAUGCUGCAUAAUGUGACCCGUCUGAACAGUGGAACUUACGAGUGUACCUCAACGGACACGGACACUUUUGAGGAGAUCAAACACAACACCUCUGUUUUUGUCAACUACCUCGAUCCUGCUGUUGUGACACCUAAAGGCACGAUUGUGGUGCCCCAAGGACAGGAGCUGACAGCUACGUGCAAUGCCCUCUCCUCUCUCCAGACAAAAACAGCCUGGUUUAAGGAUGGACAGGAGGUUUCAAUGGACCACACUUUAACCCUGAGAGAUGCUACAUUUGACACAGCAGGGACGUACAUGUGCGUGGUGACUGUUACUGAGAUCGAGGGAAUGGAAACCAGUGGGACACUAAAUGUUAAUGUCCAGGGCCCACCAGAGAUCAUGGAGCAGGACUACACAGAGAUGGAGGAGAGUUUUGAGAGCACAGUCGACCUGAGCUGUAACGUCAGAGGUUUCCCUGCUCCCAAGAUUAUCUGGACCGCCUCUGAUGGAGAGAUCAUCAAGUCAACAUCCCAGAAGGAGACUGACAUGGGCAUUCUGAGUGUGGCCAGUGUCAAGGUCACCUCUGACCUCACCAUUUUCUGCAAUGCCUCCAACGAGUUCGGCACUGACGUGGUGACCUUCAACAUCACAGCCACUUUAAACACCACCACAGCAGCCACUACUACUAGUAGCACUACAACUACCACUACCAUUUCCACCGCUACAGUCAAAGCAAAAACAGCUAUCCCCUCAGAGAGAGCCAAGAAAGAGGGCAGAGGUAUCAUUAUUGCAGUUCUCAUCAUCUGCAUCCUGCUGUUGGCCAUCCUGGGGAGUGUGCUCUACUUCCUCUACAAAAAGGGCAAGAUCUGUGGUCGGUCUGGCAAACAAGACCUCACCAAAGAGAAGUCCAGCAAAGAUAACAUUGUGGUGGAGAUGAAGAGCGACAACACACAGAGGAAGCUGUGCUUCUUGGGGUCAACGGCGAAAAGCUGCCUCCCAGUGACCAGUAAUGAGUGACGAGUACCUGGAUGUACAGAAGUGAUGAGGCGACAGCAGACACAUCAACAGCUGCUCCUGUUCCUCACUCUCAUGCUCAGACCGGCCGAGGCCUUCAAGCUUCCACCACAGCUCCUUAUCCCAGAGUUACGUCAUGGAGAAGCUCAGUCGUCUGUCAGUUAAUAUCAUGAUGCACAACUGAGACUCAAAUCACUCUGCAGCUUUUGCUUACUGUCCUUUAUGUCCAGCACAUUUCUGUUGGAAUGAGCUUUAAUGAGAAGUGAUCUAAGCGCUCCAUGACGUAACUCUGCUACCUUCAAACCAAGGACUAUCCCCAAGCCUAUAGUUCUCAGUACCACGAGCCUUGUAUACUGCUGAUUGUCCUUAGAACAAUAAUUUGAGCACAGCAUCGACCAGAGACUGUUUUUAUACCCGCAUCACCUCAGGCAGAGUAAUCACCGAAGAGCAGCCCGAAACAGGUCUUUAUUAAGUGUACAUAUUAUCAUCUGUGUAUAUAUUUCUUUAUUUAAAAUAACACGAUUGAAAAAAAACAACCAAAAAGAAAUGACCAGAUAGUGUUUUUAUUUUGCAAGGGCAAGAAGAGCUUAGGUAGAUGUCUUGUUUUUAUUUUGGAUAUUUCUUUGUCUUUUUUCCUGUUUUGCAAAAGUCUGUACACUGAAAUUUUUAGACAUGCAACAAUGUGUCCUCCAAACAGCCAGUUACAGCCUAACCAAAGUUUUUCCUUUUAGCUCCUAGAACAAACUUUUGGAAAAUUUAAACACACAUAAUUCAUAGUUUGCCCCUCUCUAACACUCUUGUUUUUACACUCCCCUGAUUGUGUAUAUUAAAGAAGCUAUUCUAGUAAUACUUUUUGUGACGCUCAUGACUUUGGUGCAUUAUAAACAUCCUUAUACUGCAUUAUAAUCUGCUCUUAACACUGUGUGAUUACAGUUAUAAGCACACACAAAAUGCUUUAUGACAAUAAUCAUAACAUUAAACAUAAUAUAUUAUACACUAUACAUAACAAUAUAAAGCAUUUUAAAAUGACUUACAAGGUCAGGUAUCCUAAUACUUAAUAAUUGCUGGUCACCCUAUUAACAUUUUUAUGCAAAGAUUGUGUAUUAUUAUUGUUGUAAUACCUAAUAAGAAUUUCAUAAUGCAUUGUUUAAACUAUUACAGUGGAUAACAAUGUGAUUAUAACUUACUCUUAAUGGUCACAGGGUGCUUUAAGAGUAGUAAAGAAUAUCAAUAAAUCUAAGCAAGAACACCCAAAACAUCGUAAAAUUAUUUCAUUUGAUUAACGGGUCAAAACAGAAAUUGAGCACUCCAAUUUACUUCAAAUUUCUUGAUAACAACUACAUGAUCAACAUUUACAUUUCACUCAAGCUAAGUAGGGACUCAUUUUUCAGAUGAAUAAAUGAAAGUUUAAUCUUAGACUAGUCGACUAGUCUAAAAGUGUCAAAACACUCAAAAAAGUGUCAAAAUUUUGCAGUUUAAUCUAUAAGGUUAAACUUUGUCAGAGUGUCGUCGGUGAUCAGAGCCUCUGGUUAUUCUUGCAUGCUGCUCCAAACUCCUUUCAUUUUACCAAUUCGUAUUUCUUGUGCUGACUAGAAAAAGUAUCCACGUUUAAUCAGCUAGUCAAUAAAUUGCACACAUUCCUACUCAACUGACUCAUGUUAUAGAUAAUAACUGAAACAAUUCUCCACAUUUAUGCAUUUAUAGCAAAAAAAUACUUCAGCAAAUGUAAAGUAUUGUGAUACUUGACUUUUAAGUUAUUAAAAAAUGCUUAAUAAUGUGUUAUGAUUAUUGUUAUAAAGAAUUAUAAUUAUUUAUGUGUGUGUAUAACUAUAAUUGAAAAGUGCUACAAGCAAAUUACAUUGCAUAAUAAUUAUAAAUCUAGUGUAUUACAGACUUGGAAAUCCUAGAAAGUUUUGGAUAUUUUUGUAAGAGGGGUAAUAAUCUAAAGUAUUUUAAAAACGCCAGUUAAGAUUAUUUGUAGUUCUCUUAAUGGGUUCUGUCCUUCGCAGUCAAGUUUUAAAUAUUUUCUAUGUGUGUUUUAGUUUGAAGUAUUUGCCACAGCCAGGUUAAAAAGUUACAGAAACCUUAGACAUCCAGUCAAAGCCUGUAAAAAUAUCUUAAUUUGUACUGUUAGUUAUGUUUCUAUUUGAUGUUCAGUGCACUGAUUUCUUUGUGGUUAUUCUUCAUUUAGCUGUGUUUCUCUAAUGUGAAACAGUGGUUUUGUUUAAUGUGACUGUUUGUGAAAAAGAAGUAUUUCUAUAGCUAUUUUUAGUUCUUCUUUAAGAGGGAGGAUGAGGGUAAAACAGAUUAAUUGUCCAUGGUAUUUAUGGUUCACGGCAUGAAGUUUCCCUCAUUAGGAAAAGACACAUUUCUGUUUAAUUAUUUAAUUAAUUCAUGUCUUGACUGAAACUUGAGAUAAUCUGGUGGAUCCCAGAGAGAAACACAAUCCCCCUCAGACAUGAUGACGAAGUACAGUAUGUGACUACUAAGGGGGGGGGGGUUGACUCCACAUAUGCAAAUUAAGUUGGUAGACAAUCAACAAUCAAGAUGCACUGUGCUCAAUAAUAUGCAGGUAUCAUCCAUACUUACCCUUCCUACCCUCUGUUAGUCUGUUUCGUUCUGGUGUUUUUAAGAACUACCACUGUUACAUGGUUUCGGAUGUUUUAAAUCAGUAAAAUGCCUUGAAGUUGUGAAAUGUAAUAAUGAUUGUCAUUGAUGACAUUUGAACCAGUUCACCUACAAGUUCAUUGUUUGUAGUUUUUAAAAAUUAUACCAAAUAAAGACUGAUUGUUAGUUGAAAA